GCUUGCAGUGUGUUGACCUAGAUAAAACUUAGAAAAAGCUGGGCAACAGACCCAAGCACAAAACCUGGCUCAGAGCUUGGGUGUUUAACAGGCAGCGGACACACUAGCUUUUAUUUUUUUCCCAGGCAAAAUAGAUUCCCUCAACCAGCAGGGAUCAGGAAAAGGGGCUAUGAUGUGGCCUAACUUUUUCCUUCAGGACCGGGAGCAACGCAUAGCUACGCGCAGGAGAGGGGAGACCCAACGGCAGAAAAUUCUGACGGACGAGCAGGAAGGCAAGAUCAAGCUGGCCUUCUUUGUGGCCAUUGUGGGGAUGACCCUGACGGUGCUGGCGGUGGGCACAGAAUUCUGGGUGGAACUCAACACCUACAAGCAGAACCACUCCGCCAUCUGCGAGGCCGCCCACUUCGGCUUGUGGAAAUUCUGCUACAAGAAGCUCUGGGUCUACGAUGUGGGAGAAGAGAGGCACACCUGCGGGCCUGCGGAGCUGCCCGGUGAAGCUAAUUGUUCUUAUUUCAAAUUCUUCACCACUGGGGAGAAUGCCAAGAUCUUCCAAAGGACUACAAAAAAGGAACUGAACAUCACGGCAGCCGUUGUGUCCCUCCUCAGCAUCAUCUUGAUGGCCAUGGGAUCCCUCUGCAUCACAAUGGCCCUGAGCAAAGGAGUUGAGUUCCUCCUGAAACCAGCAUCAUGCUUCUUUAUAAUAUCAGGACUGAUGGUGUUGGUGACUUUGGAGAUUUUCCGACAAUCGGUCCGAUGGCUGAUCACCUCCAAUGCGACCAUCCCACUAGAAUAUGAGUAUUCCUGGUCUGUGGCUUGUGCAGUGUCUGCAGGGGCAAUUCUGAUAUUUGGGGGAGCCUGCUUCAUCCUAUUGUCUAUGCCAGGUUUGCCCAAAAAGCCUUGGGAAUAUUGCAUCAGAAAGAGAAGCACCAGUGAACAUACUUCCUAAAGUCUCUCUAUCUCUCACUCUGCAACCUUUACACGUAGAGGUGGAAUGAAUCAAUCUUCCCCAAUUUACCCCCUGUCCUAUUUCUCCAGCUUCUGGACACACUUUUCUUCCCUGUUUUGUGACUUGUAAAUAGAACCAGUUGUACUUCUCUUGUUUUAAUUUGGGGUGGGGGAGCAAGGGGGGGGACUGCAAGCAAAGGGCUCUGUUGAUGAACAAGGGACAGUUGUGUUAGUGAACUGAGACACUAACAAAUUGAGAGAGGAUAAAGGCCUGUAUUUAAAACCCAGUUUUUAUAAAUAGCUGUUUUUAGCUCAACAAGAGGACUUGUGUCUUGAAAGUCUUUUAAAUUCACAUCGAGGUCAGACAACAAAAUUUCAUGUCAAUUUCCCACCAUAGCCAAGUUCCGCCCAAAACAAAAAUUACAAUUCUUCUGUUGGAAAAUUGAAAGAUCAUGAAAAGAACAAAAGAUACUUGCAAUUUGACUUACAUGUUCAGGUUUUUUUUUUCUUUUUGCAUACCCUCCGGAUUUACCCAAAAAUAUGAUUUCUAGCUAGGUCCUUUGAGAAUGACAGGGAGACACCGAAGUUACCAACCUAACUUUCCAAACACAGGUGAAUUCUUAACCUACCAUUUGGGGAACCUGAAAACAGAGGACUUUUGUUCAGAUGAAUUUCCAUCCAGCAUCUUGCCAGUUAACUAGCCAAAAUCUACAACAGUGAAAUCCACGGACAGGCAUAUUUUCAAAACUCAAAUUUUUCUCCCCCCAAUUAAGUGUCAUCAUAUAAAAAAAUAUUUCUUGCAACUUUUCCAGUGAGUAAUGCUUCUAGAAACUCAGUCCAGCUGAUAAGAUGACAUAAAUUGCAGCUCUCUGCUCAAAGAAGGCAUUACACAGAUAGUGUAGCAGGAACCUUCUUGAUUUAAGAAUAACUUAUGAAGAGAAGUGGAGAGAAAGCAAGCAGCUACAGGUUUACAACAUGAAUUUAUAUGUUGAUGCCUAACCAGCAUCCUUUGUCUUCUCUAGACACCAGAGCUCAGGGGUGUCAAACUCAAGGGCCUGGGGCCGGGCCCAGCUCAUGGGGUGCUUAGAUCUGGCCCACAGGG